CUUCCGGUUCCGGGGAGGGGCCGAGUUUUCUCCGAAGAUUAGGGGCUGUGCGCUACAGCUAGGAUGGCUGUGGUGUCGCUACUGUUGUUGGGAGGUUUGUGGAAUGCUGUGGGGGCGUCCAAUCUGGCUGUCGUUACAUGCGGCUCUGUGGUGAAGCUACUCAAUACGCGCCACAACGUGCGAUUGCACUCACACGACGUGCGCUAUGGGUCAGGUAGUGGGCAGCAGUCAGUGACAGGUGUAACCUCUGUGGAUGACAGCAAUAGUUACUGGAGGAUACGGGGGAAAACAGCUACAGUGUGUGAGAGAGGAACCCCCAUCAGAUGUGGCCAGCCCAUCCGGCUGACACAUGUCAACACUGGCCGAAACCUUCAUAGUCACCACUUCACCUCACCUCUCUCUGGAAACCAGGAAGUGAGUGCUUUUGGUGAGGAAGGUGAAGGUGAUUAUCUGGAUGACUGGACUGUGCUCUGUAAUGGGCCCUACUGGGUGAGGGAUGGUGAGGUGCGGUUCAAGCACUCUUCCACUGAAGUUCUGCUGUCCGUCACAGGAGAACAAUAUGGUCGACCUAUUAGUGGGCAAAAGGAGGUACAUGGCAUGGCCCAGCCAAGCCAGAACAACUACUGGAAAGCCAUGGAAGGCAUCUUCAUGAAGCCCAGUGAGUUGUUAAAGGCAGAAGCUCAUCACGCAGAGCUAUGAGCCUGGAAGCUGUAAGCCACUGUUACCACACAGUGUUCAUGACAUCUGCUGCUGCUCCACCUUGGGAUCCCUGCCACAGGUUCCCUGGGCAGUGGCCAUGUCCCCACUGAGAUGAAGAUGCGUGACAGAAAACAGUGGCUGUGUUUGGAAGCUUUAGCCCUUCACACUUGAAUUGGUGGUUCUUCCAGACUUUCGGUCAGUUCUUUUUGAGUACCGGACUUGCUGGUGAAGGAGCAGAUGUUUUUAUUCAUAUUGAUAAAACAGAAACUAAGGGAGAUACCUCUCUUCGUUGGGAAAUUUUUACUCUUCAGAAGCUUGGCAUCAUGGAUUAUCAAUGUGUGACUUUUACUCUUUCUCCAAAGUGAUAAAGAAUUUCAUUAUUAGUCACCAAUGUUGUCAUUUAUUAAGUGUGCUGUUUUAUAAUCUGAUUGGCCUUGGAGUCCUACACAAGUCACUGCUAUCACUAGAGAUGCUGGGAGCCUUACUUGCAUCCAGAUUUUUCUUCUGUUUUCACUUUUCUCCUAGCACUUCACUUUUACUAGAUUUUGGCUAAUUAUGGCCAAAGACCCUGAAGGAAUACAGCUUAAUAAAUAGCCAAUGAAAUGUU